CGGCUGUAUGAUGGCGGUCUCGGCUCCUCUCCCCGUGCUCCAGAGGAAUGCGGCCGGAGACCCCCGGAGGAUGAGACGGAUCAUCACCGAGGACUAUGGCUGGUCCCUGACCCUUGUGCCGCCGCUCACCGACCUCUGUCUGCGCCACAUAGUGCACAACUACGAGCAUAAUCCCAUUCUGGAGAAGCUUCUUCCCAAGCACCGAUCCAAGGUCCUGGACGGACUGUCCACCUCGCUGCCACUGUCAGUAACUGCCAACCUGAUCACCCACGAGGAUUACUGGAGGCGGUGCUGCACCGAGCGAUGGCCGACCUGUGACGUCUCCUGCUAUGGCUUCAGCUGGAAGAGACUUUUCUUUGAAAGGCACCUGGAGAACCUGAUAGAGAACUUCAUCCCGGACCUGACUGACACCAGAACCAUCUGUAACCUAGCAGAGCUCAGCAAGCGCUACAUCCACAGCCUGAAGAUCCAGCAGCUGCUCCCGCCCGUCAAGGUGGAGACCAGGAGGGAGGACGAUGAUGUCUCUGACUCAGGCAGCGAUGCCGGUGUGGACUUUCCAUCCAUGGAUCACUUUGAUCUCAACCUGAUUGCCGGCCCCCUGUGUGACCUGGAGGAGCUGCACCUGGUGUAUGGGGUUAAAGGCUGCGGCAUGAACUUUGAGUGGAAUCUUUUCAGGUUCACCGAUCGGGACUGUACAACACUUGCCAACGCUCUGAAGACGUUCAGGAACCUGAAGGUCUUCAGGCUUCACAGGAGUAAGGUGGAUGACAACAAGGUCCGCAUCCUGAUCCGCAGUCUGCUUGAUCACCCGUCCCUGGUUGAGCUGGACCUCUCACACAACCAGAUCUCUGACAGAGGGGCCCGUGCUGUGGGGAAGCUGCUAAACCAAAGCCGCCUCCAGACCCUGAACCUGUGCAACAACAACAUCCGACCCCCAGGGGCGCAGGCCAUUGCUCAUGCCCUCACCACAAACAGCUGCCUCCAGGUCCUGAACCUUCGCCUGAACCACAUAGGGGAUGAAGGUGGACAGGUCCUGUGCAAUGCUCUGCAGCAGAACUGCAGCCUGGAGAAGCUUCAUAUCGGGAGCAACAAGCUGUCUGAGCCCACUGCCACUGCCCUCGCACAAGUCUUUUCACAAAAUACAUCUCUGAAGAGCCUCAACAUCUCCUGCAACCCCAUCGGCCUGGACGGAGGGAAGCAGCUUCUGGAAGGAAUCUCUGAUAACAAGACGAUUUUGGAGUUUGACCUUCGCCUGACAGAUGUGGGACAGGAGAGCGAGUUCUACAUGAAUCAGGUUCUGAGGGGUAACCAGGAGCGUGCUCGGGUCCAGACUCAGCAGAAGAGGGUGUCCACAUCAGGGCUGGAGCGGUAAGCUAGAGCUGAGCCCGGAUCCUGGUCAAUAUUUUACAUUGGUGUCUAUUCAAUAAACGUUAUUUUCCUAUAUUUUUCACUGUACAAAUGAAUCCACUCCUAGCAGACACCGGGACAGGGGAGUUACUGGGGUAAAGCAGGAAUACUGGAGAGAUCCUGGGAUUAAUGCGGCUUUCUCAGAAACACUCUGGAGAUCUCGAGUAUAUGGGAAGUUCUCGGGAACAAUGGUAAAAUUUCAGGAGCACUGGGGUGAUCCUGGGAUGAAUGGGCAGUUUUGGAGAACCCUCGGUAGAUCUGGGGAUUAAUGGGGAGUUCUUGGAAACACUGGGGAGAUCCGGGAUUAAUGGGAAAUUCUCUGGAAAACUGGGGAGAUUUUGGGAUUCAUGGGGAGUUCCUGGAAACACUGG